UCAUACAUUAACUGAGCUGGCAGGCAUUUAUUGGUUGAAAUCGAGUUAACCACAGAGUGUAGUCAACAGCUAACCCUAGUCAACAACCCUUUAGAAUCAUAAACUAUGGUUAAAAACGUGAUCAGCGGUGUACGGCUUGCAUUCCCCCCCUCUCUCUCUAUCUCGCGUCGUAAAUGCAUAGCCAACUACACGGCGUUAUAUUCUCGUUUCUAAAUCUAUUCUCUCUCUAAAAUUCCUCCUUCUCUCUCAUUCUCUUGAUUGGCUUAUAGUCGAGGCAGGCACGGGUUUUAACGGCAGCUCCACCACAAUAUCUUACCGGGAAAGUGAUUUCAUCGCCCACGAGGAGGAGGAGUUUUUUUUUUUAUGUUUUGAAAAUUAGUUUAUUAUUCGAUUGGAAUUCGUUAAUUUGUUGCGUUGCAUUUUGAAGAAGAGGAAACAAUUGGAUCUCUUUGAUUGAUUUUGAAUAUUUUGUUAAAAUUUUGUAAGUUAUCGGAUCUCGAAGAUUCUGUUAGGUUUUAUUUUUUGGAAAAUAAAAGCACAGCAAGGGAAUUUUUUCCCUUUUUUUUCGGGUGGUUACUAAAUUGGGCGAAAAUGAUCUGAAAAUCAACCUACAUUGAUCGAAUUUGAAACGAACGAAGCGGAGUCGUAUUGGGGGAUGAGGGGGAGAGUGGGGAAUAUCGUUGUUGUUGGAGAUGUGCAGUGUUGAGGGGUUAGGGAGAAAGGGCGGGAUAAGAAUGGGGGUGAUGAAAGCGGGAGGAGGAGGCGGCGGGGAGAGAGUGGAGAAGUUGAAGAGCUCGAGAAUGAAGCUGUGGAUGAUACGCGCCACCACAUCGGUGUUGCUUUGGACUUGCAUCGUACAAUUAACGGCUUUGGGAGAGACAUGGGGACCACGAGUCCUUAAGGGUUGGCCUUCCUGUUUCUCUCAUCAGGAUUCCUCCGUUUCCGUUAUUGAAGACAGAGUACCCUCCGUUCCCGCCCGUGUCCUUCCUCCCAAAAGGGUAUAUAAAAACAACGGUUACUUGAUGGUUUCAUGCAAUGGAGGUCUCAAUCAAAUGCGAGCAGCAAUUUGUGACAUGGUUACCAUUGCAAGAUAUUUAAAUGUCACCCUUAUAGUCCCGGAGCUAGAUAAAACAUCCUUCUGGGCUGAUCCCAGUGAAUUUCAAGAUAUAUUUGAUGUGGAUCAUUUCAUUACAUCACUGAGAGAUGAGGUUCGGAUAUUGAAGGAGCUGCCUCCUAGGCUUAAGAGGAGAGUGGAAAUGGGACUGGUGCAUUCCAUGCCACCAGUUAGUUGGUCUGAUAUAUCCUACUACCAUCAGCAGAUUCUUCCUCUGAUACAGAAGUAUAAAGUUGUACACUUAAAUAGAACUGAUGCUCGACUGGCCAACAAUGGGCAACCUUUAGAUAUUCAGAAGCUGCGAUGUCGUGUAAAUUUUAAUGCUUUGAGAUUCACUUCUCAGAUAGAGGAGUUGGGUAAACGAGUUAUUAAGCUUCUGAGGCAAAAUGGUCCUUUUAUAGUACUUCAUCUUAGAUAUGAAAUGGACAUGUUAGCAUUUUCUGGCUGUACCCAAGGUUGCAACAAUGAGGAGGUGGAGGAGUUGACUAGAAUGAGAUAUGCUUAUCCCUGGUGGAAAGAGAAAAUAAUAAAUUCUGACUUGAAAAGGAAAGAUGGUUUGUGCCCUUUGACGCCUGAGGAAACUGCCCUUACUUUGAAGGCGCUAGACAUUGAUACUAGUUACCAGAUCUAUAUUGCAGCUGGUGAAAUAUAUGGUGGAGAGAGAAGAAUGGCAAGUCUUUCUGCAGCUUAUCCAAAAUUGGUUAGGAAGGAGACUCUCUUGGAGGCAUCAGACCUUAGGUUUUUUCAAAAUCAUUCAUCCCAGAUGGCAGCAUUGGAUUAUCUUGUUUCCCUGGAGAGUGAUAUUUUUAUUCCUACAUAUGAUGGAAACAUGGCUAAAGUUGUAGAAGGCCAUCGCAGAUUUCUGGGGUUCAAGCGGACAAUUUUAUUGGACAGAAGGCUUUUAGUUGAUCUGAUAGAUCAGUACAAUGGUGGAUCUCUUAAUUGGGAUGAGUUCUCAGCUGCUGUGAAGGAAACUCAUGAAAGUCGCAAGGGGCAACCAACAAAAAGGUUGGUGACCCCAGACAGACCUAAAGAAGAGGAUUACUUUUAUGCCAACCCAGAAGAAUGCUUGCAACCAUCAUAUGGUCAACUAAGUAGCACGUGAUCUUUCUGUCUGGGGACUGUGACGAUUAUCAGUGUUUUUUUGUUAGAGUGCUAGCUAUCACACCUGAGACCAAAAGGUAGUUUCUCUACAGGAGGAUGGAUGAUGACAAUGAUGGUUUUUCUUUCGAGGAGGCAGCUGUGGAGAUGACUGGGGACUCAAAAACUUGAAGAAAGCCUGGGAGGAUCUUGUGAAGCAGCUGGAGGACACCAAGAUUAUUAGUAUAUGCAAAUAAUCAGAAUCAUGUAUAGAAGAGCUGCCCUGCCAUUAUAGGGUGAUAUCAGAUCAAGAAUGGGUUGUUGUACACGAGGGAUGCAAGUAUAGAUUUGGAUUACUGAGACUGGAUUUGUGGAAGGUUAAUUCUUCGCCCUCCUGUCUUGAAUUUUUUUGUUUCUUUAAAUCACUCACAAUCUAGUUAGCUAGCAUAUAUCAAUCACAUUCUAGAAUUCAAUCUUGUCACACCCUACACAGACCAAUGUUUUUGUUUCUAGUAUGGCCCCAUCAAUGCAGGGAAUGGUUGAAAGGCAUUGAAUAUUAUCUUUUACUACACGUAUCUUGUAAAUUAAAUGGUGCGGUUCUUGACAUUUUUGGUUGA